AUGGAGUUUCCUACCCUCGGUGAACACUGCCAAUAUCAGAAUUGCAACCGGGUAGAUUUCCUACCUCUCCAAUGCAAGUGUGGCAAGGUAUUCUGCCGCGAGCACUUUAACGAACAUUGUUUGUCCGGUGAAUGUGAAUUAGCGCCAAAACCUAAAGAAGUUAACCUCAAAAAUGAUGAUCAGAUAUUCCGGUGCUCAGAGAAAGGAUGCCGGAAGGGAAACCUUCAUGAAAUGUUGUGUCCUAAGUGUAACAAACACUUUUGUAUUGAACACAGGUUUCAUCCUUCCUGUCCAGAAAUAGAUGAUGAAACCAUGGCUGCCAAAAUAGAGCAGCUUGAAGCUCCAAGAAGACAAUUCCGGGAAGCCAAUAAACAUUUACAAGAAAAGAUCACAGAGAACAUCCGCAAGGCUCUCCAAUCAUCAGCUAAAGUGAAAACAGCAUCAAAGAUCCAAUUAAUGAGGAUAAAACAAAAAGCAGUAGGUCCGAAGACAAUACCAGCUUCGGACAGAGUUUACUUUGCUAUCAAAAAGCCUGUGAAUAUGGAACCAAAGCCAAUUAAAAUAGUCCAGGAAGAGGACAGCAUUACUAAAUUUGAGUCUGUGACUCUAGACCCAGACAUUAAAGACACAGUUCCAGUAUUUAUCAGUUCUAAAUGGAGCUUAGGCAGAGCUAUAGACAGCAUUUGUGAUUCUUGUAAUAUAAAGAAUGAUAAUAAUAAAAUGAGCUCUGUUAAACUAAGAUUGUUCAGACAGUUAGAUAGCUACUGCAUAAGUCCAGUAAAGAUGGAUGUGGAAAUAUCGGAGCUGAUGAAGAAUGAGGUUCUUUUGGAAGGUGACAGACUUAUAGUCGAGUACAUUGAUAGCAAUGCACUGAGUGAGUUAGAGGAACAUGCACAAUUGUUCUUAAACUGA